CGUCAUUAUUCCCAGUUACACAAACAACAACAAAACUUAUGCUUUUGCUUCCAUCCUUUUGACACGAGAGAUCCUGUCCUGCCCGGGGUGUGUUGAGAUUCCGUACCCGCCGCUCUUGUCUCCUGCCACAGGUUGCAUGUCUUCGAAACGCGUACCAGAAAGGAAUUUCCUCCUCGCUUCGGCCUUACCUCUUCAAUUUCCCUCAUACAUGUGCCCGUUUUUUACGAAUAUUUCUCCAUUUCUCCCAGGAAACCCAGCAAAAGCGGACGUAUGUGGAAGUGAGGCACAAUAACAAAACCGUUGAGCUAGGUUUUGAUGCGGUUCACAAAGGUUGCAGCUGUGGAGGAUGUCGUCUUCUGUACUAUAUCAAAACAAGUUAGUUGCCCGCAUACGAGGCCAGAGGGAAUAGAACGCAUUUUCUCCCAUGCAGUACUAUAUUUCCCAAGAAGAAAGAUAAAUGCGAUCGGCUCCGAUCGCAGUCGAACUCUAAUCGCACCGCGAACGUUUUGCUGCGCGGCCUCCACAUCUUUUCAUUGAAGUCUGCUCUCCCACCUGUUUCUCUAUUGACCAUGCCGCUCUCUUUUCUUUGGCUUCAAGAACCAAGGCAGACAAAUAUCCAUUUAUUCCUCUGUGAAGUGCACACAUUGACGGAGCUCUCUGCACCGCUGCGUUCCUUAUCUCGUCGUAAAUCGCGCCGCACAGGAGGUUCUCGGCGUACCCAGCUCUUGUCUUGGAACGUGUGUCUGCUCUGAAGCGAACCCAUGUCUUUUGUCUGACGUUGAGAUGUCAAAAGAGAAGAACUUUCCCACAGAAGCCUGCGGCCACGACGAGUUGAUGCAGCCUGUCGACUGCCUCCCCCCAUCGGAGCCGCCUGGACAACUUCCUCUUUGUCGCUUCCUCGCAAGUGAACAUGGAGCUUGCUUCUGACGAGCUCGAUUCUCCACACACACCUGCGGUCUCCUCUUUCGUAUUGGCGCCGACGCCCUCCCGCUGUACUGCCUGGUCUACCGACGCUUCUUCUCUUGACUUUUUCUCUCCUGCGGCUCUCCCCUCCUCUGGGAACUCCUCCCGUCCUUGCUCCUCGGUGAAGCCUCCCGUGUUCUCCCCGCUGCAUGCCUCGAAGGGCAGCGGCUUCUGGACGUUUGAGGAUUCGGGGAAAAACGUGGUUCUCAAGGCUCGGGCGAGUUCCUUCUCUUUCUCUUCUCCCCUCCUCGCCCAUCCUCUCUGUCACCUGGACCUCCUCGCUGGCGGCUGCAGGGAAAGGGAAAAAGAAGAACACAUUUUCGCGGCCGCCUCUGCCUGCCCUGCAUGCGCUGUCUCCGUCGCCCGCCUCCAAGCGGGAGACAGGGCAGUUGUCGAAGGGCCUCCUCACAGCGGUAAAACGUUUCUCCUCAAACAAAUGGCAGCGGAAAUCGCGCUUGGGUGCUGCCCUCAAUUUUUUCUUCCGGACUGUGGAAGCAGAAGGAAGGGCCAAGGCGUCCUCGUUCUUGCGUACGGAGGCGACCUGUCUCUUCAUGAUAUUCGUGAAACGAUUGAAGACAUGCUCACCGCCAACUUCCAAGCUUCUAGGCUCUGUUGCCGGGCGGAACACGCUGGCUGUUGGCCCUCUCCACUUUCCUCGUUUGCUUCUGCCGGAGAAAAGAGCAGAAUGCGACAUAUCGUGAGCUGCAUGGCUGAGCAGGCUCUCCGACACGUGUUCGUCAUCAACGUUUAUACACCGCUUCAGCUGCUGCACAUCGCCAAGUGGCUGCCCUUCUUUUUCUGCGCCCACCCCAGCGUUCGAGCGCUCCUCGUGGACGGAGUCAUCAAGAACGUGGCGUCUGCUAUGGCGGAGUCUCCGGCGGGACCUGGUCGAACGUUUUUCUCUUUUAGCUCCCGAGGUCGAGGGGUGGACGCGAUGCGCACAGAGGGGAGAAAACGGAGAAGAACGGAGGCGCACUAUGAGGGACAAGGCCCUGCGCAGGACUCGUCUCAGUCGAACCACAGUACCUCUCCGUUCUUUUCCUCUACCUGCUAUCCAUCUUUAGAUGCGAGUCGGAACUCCCCUCCCGCCACUGGGGGCCCCUGCCCGUUCCGGGGGCCGACGCACAGCAUGCACCUGCUCACACUGGCCGUUCAGCAGAUCCUGCGGUUGCACCAAGAGGAACGCUUGCUUCUGGUUUACACGAAACAGUUCUCUGCCUCGAUCGAGGGGAAGAACAAAGGGGAAGACAGCGUUUCACUUCCGCUCUCGGUUCCACGUUUCGCCGCAAAGCAAGAGCCGUUAGAGAGGCCGACCGCUCAGCGCCAUGGGGAAGGUAACCUGGACUGUCCGUACACCUCAGAUAGCGCGUUGCUCGGGUUCCACAAAGGGGUGAAAGCGUGCGUCGCUGAAGGCGGUUUGUUAUCAGGAAAAACGGCGGUUGGGGCGCAUUCUUCCUGCUCGGACGAGACUGUUUCAGGUUCUCGCAGCUCCAAAUCGUUCCACGAUUUACAAAAGCGAGCACGCACGCACAUGUCAACGGAUGCCUUUGUAGCCAGGAACGGAAGCACAGAAGCCAGGAGUGGCAACCCUGUCGAGGGAAUUCCGGGAAACGAGGAAAUGUGGCAAAAUGUGAAAUUUUUGCGCUUCCCCAAAUGCUCUGUCGGUGCCCUGCUCCGCAAUGUAGCUACUGCCGCCACGAGUGAACGUAGGUCGCCGGUUCUUAGAUGCCCCCAUUGCAGAUCUCGCGCUGCAAGUCAAUUAUCACGAAGCACCGGAACUGUGUGGGCGAACAUCCCACGCAGACACUACCGGGUGUUUCAGUUUCAAUUCGUUCGAGCGGAGUCCAGUGUCACUUGUGACCCCAUACCAAUCAAAGGCACACGUAGACCGACAGAAAAGCGUGUAUUUACCGAGAAGAAGAACUCGCUGCACUCGCCAGGUACCUUCCUGGCCUGUUUGUGUAGCUGGCGUUCUGCUGAUGAUUUCGGUCGUUAUCCCGUUUCGCUUAAAAAAGCCGUGUCCGGUCCAGAUAUGGUAGCUCAGUCCGGAGGCAGCUGCAGCAGACAAAUCACUGGCGUGGUAGUUGGGGGGCGCCAUGUUGUCAGGGAAGGCAGGGUGAGUGACUGGGACAGACAGGAGAGAUCAUCGGGUGACUUGCGUGGGAACCAGCAGAACGACAGGACAAGUGAAGCACGCGAGCAAGAGGAGCAAGAGAAAGGCAAAGAACACUGCUUUAGUCGAGAUCCGUUACUUGCCGUUGUUCAGGGAAAAGGCGAACAAACCAGGGAAACCAGAGCUGCGACAACUGUACCUGAGAAACCGCGCUGUGCUGCCUGUGGCGUUUUCUUCUUUUUAACAAAGGACGGGCAACGCGACUUCGUGUUGCCUGUAUAACAUGUUCGUCUCGUGGAGACAAGAUUACGAUUGAAUCGUUUUUUAUAAUUUCACCGAUUAUGAGACUCAUGACCAAGGAGGGGAGGCUUGCCUGGUUUCAGCACUCGAGCCUUCGGUCGCUUCGUGCGAAUCAGACAUAUAUAUAGCUCUUUUUUGUUUGCUUCUGCCACCAGAUCCAGCCCGAUACAAUGGCCGCUGUUGUGUAGGAAACGGUUGGCAGUCGAUGGUGUACGAUGUAUGUGCGUGACACGGAUAGUGCACCCGUUAGAGAACCGACAAAACAUCGCCAGGGAACUCAGUCAGUGUGUUUUGACGACACUGACUUCCCUUUUGGUUCUCUGCUGAAUUUCACUUUCCACUCGUGGUAGCUCGAUCUCAUGUCGCCUCGAGCCCGCAUUGACUAAUGGAGCUGGUCGCUUUUGUGUUUGCUGCGUCGAGGCUCGUCAACGACUCUUUCGAAUCAUUAUGAAAGUCCUAGUUCGAAAAAAUUCGUGACACUGCGUGUAAUUCAGUCGCUUCUGAAGCGGAGCUGCCUCGCUUGC